AUGGAUUCUCCUGCAGUUCUGCCGAUUUCUUUAAAACCAUCCAACCUUCGGCCUCUGGCAUACCGCGUGCUUUCGAAGAAGCAUGGUUUGAAUAUCCAGUCAAGUGCGCUGGAGAAGCUGAGCGAGUACGUGGGCAAGAAGUUUGGCCAGGAAUGGCGUGGGGCCAAAACGAUUGCGUUCCUAGAGGAAGUCGCAAGGCUUUGGAAAGAGCAAAACAAAGGGCUGUUCCUGGAUGGAGACAACAUUGACAUUGUGAUCAAGGAGAUCUCACUGAAGCAAGAGAAACAGGAAAAAGCCAGCCGACAAAGCUCGGCUGUCGAGCCAAAAACCAAUCUGGCAGGCCUUGUGACCAACGAGCUGCGAGAGAGCCAGUCCUUUGAGGUACACCAGGAUGCCCCGGAACCUGCCGCCCUAGAACAGGUGCAAUGGAAGGAUUUUUUCAAGGCUGUGGACAUCAAGAACUACAGACGAUACAGGUAUAAUCAUGUGCGCAAACAAUUCGAUGUUUUGUCUCCUGACGCAGGUGGCGACAAACUGGUUUUGCCGUCAACACAAGAUGCCGUUGACUUGUUUAUCCAGCGAUUUCAUCUUCUAAAGGAUAGGCUGUUGAGGAAUGAGAAUUUCCAGCCGACCGCUGUCAAUUCAUUUACAAGCAACGGGCCCAAAGAGGUUGAAAACCAGCAGGUGACAUCGAUCAAGAAUUUGUUGGGUCGACAUGGACAACGAUUCUUCCUCUUUGGAUUGCUGACUCGGAGCGCGCUGGGUCUAUGGCAACUUCAGGACGACACUGAUUCGAUAGAGCUUGAUCUUGGUCAAACCCUGUUUCCUCAAAACUGCUACUUCACUGAGGGAAAUUUCAUCAUCUGCGAAGGUAUAUACUCCAACAGCGGCAAGUUUUAUGUCAGCACCAUGAUUCAUCCUCCCGCAGAAAAAAGAGAGACGUCUCUGGAAGUUUUGGGUAAGAUGGAUUUCAAUUCUGUAUACAGCAACAGCGGUCGUAUAGACCCUGUUUUGCGCUCAAAACUAUUGCAUUUGGAAAAAGAUCUGGCAGACCACAAGUUUAUCUUUCUUGGGGGUGAUGUAUACCUGUCUGAUGCGAGAGUGAUGGAAGGUUUGAAAAAGCUGUUUGGCAAGCUCAACGAGGAGCUUGAAACAGGCUCUUCGACACCGGUAGCCCUAGUAUUCAACGGAUCCUUUACCUCGCGCCCUUUCACGUCGACUCAGGUCUCGUAUAGCAGUCAGGUCACCUCGUCAGGCGAGUACAAGUCCUACUUCGAUUCUCUGGCAUCCAUCCUGGAACCACUUUCUGAACUGUGUGCAACAUGCAAAUUUGUUUUUGUUCCAGGAGACAACGAUCCCUGGUCGUCGGUUGUCACCAAAGGCUCCAAUUCUGUGUGGCCCAAAUUCAAGCUUCCCAAGAUCUUUGGAAAUCGGUUGACGAGACUGGUGAAAGAUAUAGAAUGGUGCUCCAAUCCAUCGAAACUAACCUACUUGACCCACGAGGUUCUACUCGUCCGCGACGACCUGGCAGGACGGUUUCGUCGAAACGAUAUCAGCCACGUCUCCAAGAUCAAGGAAAGCACCGAGGCAGACGAAGAGGAGCUGGAGAUCGACAAGCUUUCAAAGUCCAAGAUCUCGCCAGACGUGCUUGAGGCCAGAAAGGUCGUCAAAACAUUGCUGGACCAAGGAUAUCUCUCACCUUUCAUCCAAUCUAUCAGACCGCUGGUUGCCAAUCACGCUAAUAUGCUAAACCUGAUACCCCUUCCUACGCUCCUAAUGCUUGCAGACACAACAUGUCCGCAGUUUGAUCUCAUUUACGAAAAUUGCCAUGUCCUCAACCCGGGAAGUUUCUUCUCCAACAACAAGUUCAACUACAUGGAGUACUAUCCAUCAUCUAGAAAAGCCAAGCUCAGGGAGUUGUAUUAA